CAACAAAGUAUAAAUGUGCGUCUAACCUAGAAAUGUACAAAAUAUAGACGGAUUUUUAAUUAUGGAAGAUUUACAAUUGAAUAUUACGGCUGCAAAAAGAGUAAAGAAGAAAAUUGGUGUUGAUACUAAAAAUGCUUCAGAUUACAAGUUCGUAUCUAAACCCAAGUUUACUGGUAAAACUAUAGCUAGGAAGAGACCACAGAAUUUGAGUGAAACAUUUAAAAAGUUAGGGGGUGAGCCACAAAACAAGUUACCAAAACCAUCACUUCCAAAAGCAGAUCUGUCUACAAAUUUGCGUGAUCUGAGCGAAAACAAAGGGAAAUAUCAGGGAAAAAACUACCAAGAAAUAAACGACGAAUUACAACUAAAACAAAAACCCAGGAGUGGUGGUUGGAUCUCAUCUCUGUUUAAAAAUAAUCCAGAUGUUCCACGCAUAGGACAGAGAGCUGUGAAACCUUUAACAGAGAAAGUCUUUGCUGGCAAAACUUUCACAGAUCUGGAAAUACAUCCUCACAGUGUGGCUAAUUUAAAGCAAAAUUUAAGUCUUACGGAACUGAUGACUGUGCAACAAAAUGCUGUACCUAUUAUAUUGCAAGGGCGAGAUAUUUUAAUCAGAUCUCAAACAGGUUCGGGUAAAACCUUAGCAUAUGCCUUACCUAUUAUCGAGGGUUUGCAAGCAAUUAGGCCAAAAAUUAACAGAUAUGAUGGCAUAAGGGUGGUUGUUGUUGUACCCACCAGAGAACUGGCUGUGCAAACAUAUGAACUGUUUUUAAAACUGGUCAAGCCAUUUACUUGGGUAGUGCCUGGACUUUUAAGUGGGGGGCAGAAAAGAAAAGCAGAGAAGGCAAGGCUUAGGAAAGGACUCAGUAUAUUAGUUGGCACACCAGGUCGAAUAAAUGAUCACUUGAGACACACCAAAUCUCUGAAUUUUGCUAAAACUGGAUGUUUAGUACUAGAUGAAGCUGAUAGGUUACUAGAUAUGGGCUAUGAAAAAGACGUAGCAGCAAUAGUGAAAGCUAUAGAAGAUCACAAAAAAGCUGCUACAUAUGAUCCUAUAGCACUCAUGAGGCAAAAUAUAAAAAAAGACUUACCUAACGAUGAUAUUGAAGAACAGAUUGUUGAAAAACCAGAACAACCCAAUGAAAUCGAUAAUUCAACAACAAAACAUAAUUUAACGGAAGUGUUAGUAACUAAGCGUCAAACAAUUUUAUUAUCAGCUACACUUACUAAGGCAGUUGAAAAUUUGGCCGGUAUUACUUUGGUGGAUCCUGUAUUUGUAGAUACGUCUGAAGGAAGAGCACUUGUUGCUGAUUCGCUACUUAAACUAAAACAUGCAGAUAGCAAGUUAGAACAAGUAUAUGUUACAGAAAAUAAUAUGACAAACAGUAAAAAUGAUUCCGUAGAUGAGACUCAUAAUGUUUCUACAGAUAAUAUCCCAGAAAGUAAAAGAGGUUUGAAAGGCUUUUCUGGGUUAAACCAUCCGGACUUAUUUGUAAAUGACAAAGAAAUUAAAAGUAAUAAUUCUAAAGUAUCAAACCAUCAAAAUAAAGAAACAAAUAUUAAGGAAGAUAGUGAUAGUGAUUCGGAUUAUGAAUAUUUUAAAGUUCAAAAACAAUUAGAAGUAAAAACUAAAACAACGAAAUCUGACGAAAAAGAGUUUAUACCGCCUGAUACUAGUAAUACAUUUGAAGAAGCUAUAAAAACAGCAAUUGUGGAAGACGAAUUGAUUCUACCGUCAACAGUAAAUCAGGCAUUCCUUAUUGUUCCAAUGAAACUACGGUUGGUUACUUUAUGUUCGCUUAUAGUGGAACAUUGCAUUUUGAAUAAAAAGGGUGGUAAAAUGAUUGUUUUUAUGGCAACUUUAGAAAUGGUGGACUAUCAUUCAGAAUUAAUAGAAACAGUUCUGUGUGGAAAAAAAGUUAAAGUAAAGAAAAACGAAUCAACUAAAAUAUCAAAAACGAAGAAAAGGAAACUUGAUGAUGAUAAUGAUAAGGACAAAUCAUCGUCAGAUUCAGAAUUUGAAAUUGACUAUGAGGAACCGGUAGAAGGUGGUUUAGUGCCAGUCGAUUUGGAAAUGUUCAGUCUUCAUGGAUCGAUGCCCCAUGAGCAAAGAAUGGAAGUGUUCAAGCAGUUCCGAACUGCUAGAAAUGGAGUUCUUAUUUGUACGGAUGUAGCCGCUCGAGGAUUGGAUGUCCCACGCGUGGACUUAGUUCUACAAUAUUGCGCUCCAGCGUCAGCUACCGAUUAUGUUCAUAGAGUUGGGCGAACAGGUCGAGCGGCCCAAGUAGGCGCCGCCGUGAUGUUCCUGUUGCCCAGCGAGGCCCAAUUUGUUAGGCAUCUUGAACAGAAGCGAAUCAGGUUACGUCAAUCAGACGAAUCAAAGUCUUUGGAGGCUUUGCGCACAGUGGCUCCUGCGGCGGCCAACGCCGCCCGCUCAGCCAUAGCCGUACAGGCUCGGCUGGAGCACAUCGCACAUACCAAUAAGGAGUGGCUGGCCAGAGCUAGCAGGGCAUAUACAUCCUGGGUGCGUUUCUAUUCCGGAUAUCCUCGUGACAUCAGACAGUGGUUAGAUGCAAAACAGUUACACCUCGGACACGCUGCAAAAGCGUUCGCUCUAAGGGACACGCCCGCAGCACUCGCUAGGAGAGCCAAGUCGGAUCCAAAUCUGAAGAAGGAUAAGCCGCUGAACAAGUUGACGGUUAAAGAUGAAGAGGAGAGAAAAAGACCUGGAUUCCCAAAAAUGAAGGUGAAUACUUUUGGAGCGAAGAUAAUAAAUAAACAGAGUUCAAUGCACACAGCUAGCGAGUUUGACAGCGGUUUGCCGCCGCUAGAACAAUCGUAUAAAAAGAAGAAAAAGAAAAACAAAUAAUUUUCUGGUCUAUAUGAAAAUAAAAUGUCGUUGCUUUGUGUAAAUAGUACAUUUAACUUAUAAUGAUAUCUAUUACAUAGGUUACAAAGUUUAUUAUUUGUAAA